AUGUCCGUCGCCACCGUCACGUCAACAAUGCGCGAAGCAGGUUGGAAUGUGACAUUUCACGUAGGUCACAAUCCCUGGAAAUUCGCCGGGCUUUUCCAAGCUCCGCGCAGCGAUUUGGUGACGUUUUGCGAUGUUAUUGAUGAGCUACGCCUUUGUUUCGAGUUCAAUGUGCACGACGAUGAUGAUUCUGAGAAGCUUUGGGAUGAGCUCGCCUUUGCCCUAAUCAGUCGACCGAGUUCAGAGCGACAGAUCCCGAAGCUUGUUGAGGGGAAUGAUCGCCGUUUGGCCGUGCCCAGUCUUCCCAAUCGCGCGCCCAAACAGCCUGAUGUUAUAAAGUAUCAUCUUAUCCGCCAUAAGUCAUGUUCUUUGCCCGAAAACUCGCCACUGAAAGAUCAUCUUGAAGCGAAAUGCGCAGAACAUAUUCCCCGCCCAACCCGCCGUCGUGAUCCUCGAUACCUAGAUCCAAAGAAAACUCCCUCCGAUCCAAGAUAUGCAACAAUGCCAUUUCGAAGAAGAGCCAGACCCCGUGGCUCUCAAUCUCCUCCUAAACGCCAAGCGUCAGACUUCGUCUCGCCAGUAAAAGACAGCCCCAACGACGGUCUAGAUGCUGGUAGUAUGAUUGCACCCAGUAGCAUGCAAGUCGAUCUCGAGGUCGCCAAAAAGGUCAUGGAUGAGUUUAGACACGCGUGCGGUGUAUAUGCUAGUUGCUGCGCCGUCAGCGGCGAAGGCGACUCCUGGGUAAUAAAUCCUACUAUUGGACCGGCUCUACAAGCCUGCCAUAUCGUUCCGCAGAACCACUAUCACCUGUAUCCAAUUACCCAAGAUCAAGAGGACGACGGAGAUACGGGUUAUAGUCCGCGUCGUCUUCAAGAAGCGUGGCAACGAACAUGGGCUCCAGGGAAUGGCAUACUGUUGAUGAGCCAUCUUCACGAACUUUUCGACCAGCGCCUCUUCUCCAUCCAUCCCGAAACGCGCCGCAUUCGAGCUUUCGUGCCAUAUAAUGCCAUAGCGAAGCAUAACGGCGAAGAGGCAAGAAUGCUUGAUCAUGUUGAUCCGAAUGCUUUACGACAUCACUGGGAUAUGUGCGUUAUGGAAAACAUGACGGCUAUGAUGCCUCUUUUGGAGUUGCCUACAGGCGGCACAAAUACUCCUUUCAGUCCGGCGAGUGAGUUACUCAUGACGCCAGGAUCUGCGAACGGAUCUCAGCCGGAGAGAGGCCGGACUGGUGAUCCGGCUAAGAGAUCGAGACCAAGUUCAGGUCCAGGUCACGGGAAGGAGGCUGCGGCACAAGAGACUCUUGACGGUCAAGAAGUUGUGACAUUGCAGCACGGUUCUGACGAAACAGACGCCCCCAUUCCUAAGCAUAGACGGCUGCAUGACUGCGAAGUCCGAGAGAUUCAUUCGCCUGAGGAAUGGAUUCAGGACGACGUGAUGGAUAGCUAUAUCACCCCGUCCAACCGCAAGGUGUUUCUUGCGGACGUUAAUUGGGAACUGCAAAGGUUCAAGUCCCGCAGUUCCUGUAGUUGA